AUGGCAUCUCACACCAGCGAGGUUCCAAUUGUCUUUGUGGUAGGAGGGACUGGUGCUCAGGGGAUUCCUGUUAUUGAGGGCCUCGUCAAGGAUGGCAGUUACAAAGUCCGCUUCCUCACCCGCGACCCCGGGUCUGCGAGAGCGAAGCAACUCAUUGCUCUUGGCAACACUGAACCCAUUGUCGGAACUUUUGCCAGCGAGGAAGACCUCCGAAAGGGAUUUCGCGGCGCCCAAUACGCAUUUAUCAACAUUGACGGGUUCAAUUGCGGAGAGAAGACCGAGAUAUUCUGGGCUAUUCGGAGUUAUGAACUCGCCUUAGAGGAGGGCAUUCGGUUCUUCGUGUAUGGCAAUCUCGAUUUUGUCUACAAGAAGAGCGGAUACGACCCAAAGUUCCGUACUGGCCAUUACGAUGGAAAAGGGCGGGUUGCCGAAUGGAUCCUACACCAAAACAAGGGCCCACGCAAUGCAGCAAGGAUGGGCGCCGCAAUCUUUACCACGGGCCCAUAUAUUGCAAUGUCAAUCGCAAUCGGCACUCCCAUGAGCCCUACGGUUGAGGAUGGCGUGGUGACAUGGCGUGUACCCCUAGGCGACGGUGCCGUUUGCCAUGUCGAUUUGGAUGACUGCGGGUAUUACGUGCGCUGGCUUUUUGAUCAUCAGGAUCGAGCGAACGGGUUGGAUCUCGAAGUUGGAAUCGACAUGGUUGCCUACGACGAAAUGGCCAAGGCUUUUGAAAAGGUGACUGGGCACUCGGCGAGGUACAUCGAUACCGAUCUAGACACAUAUUGGACUUCAGGCCCUUUUGGGGAUGGAUCGCCGAGCAGCGCGUAUAACUCGGAUAUUAAUGAUCCAGCUGCGAUGAACCUGCGCCAGAACUUCACUGGGUUUUGGAACAUGUGGAAGGCUUCGGGCGGUAAUAAAGGUGUGAUCCAGCGAGACUUCAAACUUCUUGAUGAGAUCCACCCAAAAAGAGUCAAGUCGGCGGAGGAGUGGUUCAGACGAGAGGAAGCAAAGGGGAUUGAGAAGGGCUUGGGAAACCUUUGGGAUCGGGUAAACAACCUCAAGCCUGUAUUGAAGAUUGCAGAGGAUGGCAGGAGGGGCCGUCUGUAA